AUGAACCAUGCGAACCACGCCGACAUCGCGGAAGCGCCGCUCGUACAACUUGAAGACCUUGCCGUAACUUUCCUCACGCCGCGAGGGGCAUUUCGCGCAGUGCGCAGCGCGUCCCUUGAAAUCGCGCGAGGAGAGGUACUCGGACUUGUCGGCGAAUCGGGCUGCGGCAAAUCUACGGUCGCCUUUGCCAUGAUGAACUACCUUCCGGGCACCGCUCGGGUCGAGGGCGCCGUGCGGUUCGAGGGCAUGGAUAUUGCCGAAUUCAGCGACGCGGAACUGCGUGAACUCAGGGGUAAUCGCAUUGCUAUGGUCUAUCAGGACCCGCUCACAUCGCUCAGCCCUUCCAUGAGGGUCGGUCCGCAGAUAGAAGAGGUCAUUAAGCACCAUCUCGACUUGGACGCCGAGGCCGCGCAGCAACGCGUCGUCGAGCUUUUCGAGAGCGUCGGUCUAGCAGAUCCUCAGCGCAUGGGAAGGCGUUAUCCUCACCAGUUGAGCGGCGGCCAGCAGCAGCGCGUAGUCAUAGCAAUGGCACUCGCCUGCGACCCACAUCUGCUGAUUAUGGACGAGCCGACUACCGGCCUCGACGUCACCACAGAAGCGACAAUCCUCGACCUGAUAGUCGAGCUAAAGGACAGGGUCAACGCGGGCAUACUCUUCGUCAGCCACAACCUCGGCGUCAUAGCGAGAGUGGCGGACCGAGUAGCCGUCAUGUAUGCGGGCGAGAUAGUCGAAGAAGCCCCCGUCCGAGAGUUGUUCAAGAACCCUCGGCAUCCCUACACAGUCGGGCUGCUGUCAUGUGUUCCACAGCCGCCCGGCGACGAUGGCAUAGAGCGACAGCUCAGAAGCAUACCCGGCUCAGUCUUCGACGCGCAGAGCGCGCAGACAGAUUCCUGCCUAUUCGCACCACGCUGUCCUCUCGUUAAGGACGCAUGCCUUCAGUCGUCACCGCUGCCUGCUCAGGUAUCGGACGGCCACACAGCCCGCUGCUUCUAUCACUCCGAUGUCACCGAAGACCUAUGGGGCGAGUUGCGCGAAAGGCUGUUAAAGCCCGAGCCUGACGAUGCCGCGCCUGUACUCAACGCCGAAGACCUGAGAAAGUUCUACGGCGGCGGACGCAAGAAGUACAUCCUGUUCGGCCCGACCGUGCGCCGGCCGGUGCGGGCGCUCGUUGAUGUGGACAUGCGGGUCGAGGGCGGUCGCACCCUUGGAAUCGUCGGCGAGAGCGGGUCUGGCAAGAGCACCGCUGCGCGCGCAAUCGUGGGGCUUGAGGCCAAAGAUGGCGGCAAGCUCGAACUGCGCGGUCAAGCCCUGGAAGGCGAUGUUGGAGACCGCACCGAAGACCAGCGAUCUUCGAUGCGCAUGGUCUUCCAGAACCCGACUUCCUCGCUAAAUCCCAAGCUGCCCAUAAAGCACGCAAUUACCAGGGCGCUCCGGAAGUUCGCAGGCGUCAGCCACUCCGAAAGCCAGGAGCGCGCCGAGCAGCUUAUGAACGCCGUCGGACUAGAUCCCCUUUACCUCGACAGACGGCCGUCAGAACUGAGUGGCGGUCAGCAGCAGAGGGUCGCGCUCGCCAGCGCUUUCGCCGCCAACCCCGACCUCGUGGUCGCGGACGAGGCCGUGUCCGCGCUCGAUGUAUCGGUGCAGGCGCAGGUGCUUAACUUGCUGGAACAGCACCAGCGCGAGACCGGGAACUCCUAUGUCUUCAUCACGCACGAUCUCGGCGUCGUGCGCUAUGUAUCCGACGAUAUUCUCGUGCUGUACGCGGGGCAUGUCGCAGAGUACGGUCCUUCAGAGGCGGUUCUAUCCACGCCAUCUCACCCAUACACAGAGGCGCUCCUCUCCGCUGCGCCCGUCCCGGAUCCGGACGCCGAACCCACGCACAUACGACUCGAAGGCUCGGUGCCGACACUACGCUCCGCUUUCAAGGGUUGCUUCUUUGCGGGGAGAUGCCCAAGGAAGAUAGGCGACAUCUGCGACAACGAGCCGCCCCCUGAACAGCGUGGUCCCGGCGGCGAGCGCCACAUGAUAAACUGCCACAUCCCGGUUGAUGAACUGGAACAACUCCAGCGUGAAGACUCCGGUCGGCAAGUUGCCCGCAGCAGUAGCUAA